AUGGUCUGUGCGGCCUGCCUGCCACCUAAUCCUAUCGCGCGUUGGCAGCCUCGUUUCCCCACUGUUGGAGCUUUCUUUAUUCAUUCGUCUUCAACCCCAUCGCGACUGGGCUCCCCACCUGCCAAACAAAUCGCAAAGGUCGCUACUUACCAUAUAUCACGGAGCCAUUUCUUGCGCGCUCGUAUCUGGUGGCUUUUUUUCUUUCAGGUCCGUCCCUUGUCAGCUUUGUCGCGACAAUCAACCUUUCCCCACUCGAACUCCUUGUCGUCAAAAACUUUCGAACUUACGACAUUCCCCAAUAGCGCAACGUACGCUGCUAUCUAA